GCCCCCGCAGGCAUCCCCAUAGCCCUGGGGCCUGCCUAGUCAGCAGACGGGGUCCCCGGCUGUGCGGUGACCAGCCUGGACUCGGCGACCCCGUGCUAGCGCAGAGGAGAGAUGUGGCCACUUUGAGGAACUGAAAGAGAACGAUUACCUUCUCUUAACAGGCCUCCCCAUCACCACCCCCAAGCCCCCAAUCUGCAGAGAAAGAUCCUGGGCAAAUGUGAUGGGGGCGGGGUGAUUGUUCCAGCCUGGCCAGGAAGCUCCCGGUGGGGACAGUGGGCUAGGCACUGCGUCGCAUCGGGCCAGACGAUGGACCCGCACGGCAGCCGCCGGCUCGGUGAGCGGCAGCCCGCCCAGGAGCCCAGCCCGCCUGCGUGCUGACCGGCGCCGCCCUCAUAGCCAGCGACCGGGGCCACCGCCUCCUCCGCAAAACCCGCGCGCUGAGCUGCCCCGGGGUUCCGGCCGCGCUGCUCCCGGGAGGCGGCGGUGGCGGUGGCGGCGGUGGCGGCGGCGGGCCGGGGCCGGGCAUGGAUGGCCGGGACUUCGCGCCGCCGCCGCCGCCGCCGCCGCCGCAUCUGCUGCCGGAGCGCGGGAGCCUGGGCCAUCGCAGCGCCGCUGCCGCCCGCCUCGCCUCCGCCGGCCCCGCCGCGCAGCCCGCCCCACACUUCCAGCCGGGAAAGUACUUCCCGUCGCCGCUGCCCAUGGCUUCGCACACAGCUAGCAGCCGACUGAUGGGAACCUCACCGGCCUCCUCCUUCAUGGGCAGCUUCCUCACCAGCAGCCUGGGCUCUGCCCCCUCGCACCCCAGCGGUGGCACCCCGGCCCCCUCAGAGCAGGCCUAUCGUGCCUCCCACCCUACCGCCUCACAGAUCUGGUUCUCCCACUCCCAUGAAGCUCCGGGGUAUCCCAGAUUUUCGGGGAGUCUGGCAUCCACCUUCCUACCCAUGAGCCACUUGGAUCACCAUGGAAACAGCAAUGUUCUCUAUGGGCAGCACCGUUUCUAUGGAACCCAAAAAGAUAACUUCUACCUGCGUAACCUGCCCCCCCAGCCUACGCUGCUGCCCGCCAACCACAGCUUCCCUGGUGUGGCUCGGGCUGCCCCCGGCCACCCCAUGGGCUCCUGCAGCCGUGAGCGGGGCGAGACUGGGCCCCUGCAAAAGGGUACCAAGGACCUGGACCGCUUCCUCCUGGGCAAGGAGCUGAGCAAGGAGAAGGUGGGCAAGGCCAUGGAGGCCAAGGAGCGGCUGGCAGCCGCAGAGGAGGACGGCAAGGACCGCCACAAGCUGGUGCUGCCUCUGCCACUUGAUGGGCACUGCAAGGAGAGCGGGGUGCCCCAGGGCCCCUGUGAGGCACGCCCCAAGCACCUGGCCUCCUGCCUGCUCAAUACCAAGGUGCUCAAUGGUGACAUGGGCAAGGCAACAGCACUGGCCAGUUGUGCAGGGGGCAUGCUGGUGCGGCCCGGCCUGGGUGUGACAGCCCCAGGACGCUGCACUAAGGAAGCAGCAGGCCCUGUGGAGUCUGGGCCAACCUUUGGGGAGUGCCUGGAGCGACGGCAGAUGCUGCACCACACUAGCUCCUAUGGUGUGCCCUCUGGCCUGCCUACCGGGCCACCCCCACCACUGAGCUCAGCUGCCAGCUCCUUCCCCUGCCUGCAACUGCAUGCCAGCCCUGACGGGCUCUGCCCACUGCAGGACAAAGUCUCCCGGGAUCCCAAGGCCAGUGGGCCCACCUUCGUGCCUUCCACAGGACACCUGGGUGACAAGGGCCGCCCCUUCCUGGUGGCUGAUGCCUGUGCCGUGGCUGGGGAUGGCAAAGAGCAGCACCUGGACAGGCCCUCUGGGCCAGAGCACACCACACCCUGCGGGGUUUCCUAUGCCCACCUGAAGGCUGAGGGCAAGGGUGAGCGGCGGCCAGGGGGCUUUGAGGCAGCCUUCAACCCCCGACUGAAGGGCCUGGAGUAUCUCAACAGCGCAGGCCCCGAGGCGCCCUUCCCUGGGCUCCCCAAGGGUGGACUGGACAGAGGCGGCUACUUUGAGCUGCCAACCCCCUUGCAGGACUGCUCCCGGACUAGCCACCAGGACCCACUGGGUGGGAAGGUCCCGCAGAUCUGUUGCACUUUAGACAAGGCCACCGGCAAGGAGGUCCCAGCGGGUGUCCCUGGAGUACAGAAAGUGGCCCGCAUCCGGCAUCAGCAGCACCUGGUGGCCCCCGAGGUGGAGCCAGGGGGCAGUGGACCUGAAGCCAAGUGCAAGUCCCUGGAGUUGACCUCCCUGGGGUAUGGGGGGCCCCACCUACCCCCCUGGAGUGUCCAGUCAAGCCAGGGGCCAGCCAUAGCAGUGGGUGAAGAGCGCAAGGGCGGGGCCUACCUGGACCCCUUUGGGGGCAACCUGCCCCCUGCUGCCCUGGUGGCACAGGAGCUGCCCACACCACCUGGUGAGGUCUCAGCCAUGAAGAGCCUGCUAAAGUACAGCAACCAGGCACUAGUGGGGGGGCAGAAGGCGCCCUUCGUGGGCCUGGGGGGCAUUAAGGCCAGCUGCACCCAGCAGGAGGUGAAGUUCCCUGCCUCCAAGGGCGCCGGCCAGGCCCCUGGGGAGGUGGAGCGGCCCGACUGUGCCCGCAGCCGCGAACACGAUCCCCCCCACGCCGAUGGGGAGGUGCGCCAGCCGCCUGUGGGCAUCGCCGUGGCCCUGGCCCGGCAGAAGGACACUGUGAGCCGGCCUGAGAUGGCUUAUGUUGUUACCAGCAGCCGCCAGGCCCGAGCCACCCCCACCUUCAAAGCUACUGGAGGGACCCGCCCCAGCCACACACUGGACCUUGAAGCUGAGGAGGACCGGGCGCGGCUGUGUGAGGACCGCCUGGGCCUGUCCAGCCGUGAGCUGUUGCUGCAGGACAAAGAUCUCAUGGAGUUCGCCCGGAUCCACCCCUCAGGCAGCUGCCCUGGAGAGCUGGCCCCCCACCUCAUGCUGGCCAGUGGCUCCUCCCUACAGAGUGGCCAGCUGGGCACUGAGCCAGCCUCGCACACCCACCCUGCCCACCCACCCUGGCUGCCCCGAACACGGAGCCCCUCCUUAUGGAUGGGAGGUCAUUCCUACGGCCUGGGGCACCCUGCCCUACACCAGAACCUGCCCCCCGGCUUCCCCACCUCUGUGCCCGGCUCCAUGCCCUCUGUCUUCCCCAUCCCCCAGGACACCCCCACCCAGCUCGUCAUCCUGCCCUCUGAGCCUGCGCCCCACACAGCCCCCCAUACACUGGCUGAUGUCAUGGACCAGGCCUCGCUAUGGCCCCCCAUGUAUGGGGCUCGCGGAACCACGUCACACAUGCAGCAUCCCAGUCAGCUCCCCAUGUACUCAAGGCCCCAGUUCCUGCGGCAACAGGAGCUCUAUGCCUUGCAGCAGCAGCAGCAGCAGCAGCAGCAGCAGCAGCAGCAGCAGCAGCAGCGGGCAGCCCAGGCCCUGGAGCUGCAGCGGGCAGCCCAUUUCCAGCGGAAGGACCACCACCUGGAGCUGGAGGAGCCCGUCCCAGAGAAGGCCCUGAAGUCCACCCACAAGCCACAUGCCUUAACCACAACGGCCAAGGCUAACCCCCCAGCCACUGCCACCACCGCAGGCCCCACCAAGCUGUCCCCCUGCUGCCACUCGCCUGCCCCAAGACCCCCCACCAGCUGCCCCACACCACCAUGUCCCAGCGUCCCCUGCACUUUAUCUGUCUGCCCCAGGGGCAGCCCUGGCUCAGGCUCUAAAGCACUCAGCUCUGAAGACAAGAGUAGGGGAGGCCUGCAGCCUGGGGUGGACCUCAGCACCCUGGUACCAGACCUGCUUCCCAGAUUCACGUGUGCAGCUGCCACCACAGGCUUCCCUCUGCCCCCCAGCAUGCACUCUUCUGACCUCUUGGACUCUGAAACUAUGCAAGCACCCCUCCCUGGGGCACAGCUGGAACUGGGGAGGACGUUCUCGCGUGGGGAGUCACCCCACAGUCCCCAGAGCCUGGACGAGCCUGGACUACCCUCGGGGGCCAGGGAGACCACCCAGGACCUUGCUGACACCCCCAACCCCAUGGAGCAAGGAUCCUCGGGGAAAGUGGCAGACCCCAGCCCGCUGGAGGGGCUGCAAGAAAUCCAGUGUGGGGCCGGGGCCAUCCUGGAAGCAGAGCUCCCUGAGGCCAUGGCCCCGGCCAGUUCUUCUCAGGGAGGGUCUCAAGAGGAGAGGACCAUGGGAGGUGAUGGGGGACAAGGGCCACUGUUGGGAGCCAGGCCCCAGACCCCGGAACCACACACAGAGACCCUGAGUACUGUGGAUGAGUCUCCAAGUGACACAGAGUCUAAGGUCAAGGCCGAGUUCCAGGAAGAUGAGCUCAGGGAGCAGGAGCAGGACUGGGGAGGAUCUCCAGAAGCCACCCCCCAGCCUAGGGCUCUUCUUGGCUUGGAUGCCCUGGUGGCUGCCACCAUUGACCUAGGGGACUUGCCUGGCCUCAGCCUGCUGAACCUGCAGCCCCCCACCAACCCUGGGCUACCAAGUAUGGUCCCCCCACCCUGGUGCUCAGGGACCCCUGGGAUUGCCCUGCUCAGUGAACUCGCUGACCUGGAGCUCCCUCUGCAGAGGACCCAACAUGAGGAAGAGGAUGUCCUGGCUUUCAAUCUGCAGCGCUUGGCCACGCUGGCCUCUGCCUGGUCCCUGGUAGAGGUCGCCAGCCCUGCCUGCUCUGCCCAACUUCCUGCCGCCACCCCCAACCAGCUGCCCAUGCUCACCCCCCGCAUGCAGAUUUUGCAGCGCAAGGACACCUGGACCCCCAAGACCAAGCCUGUGUGCUCCCUGAAGGCCGCCAUUGACCAGCUGGACACACAGGAAGUGGAGAUGCGUGUGCAGCUGGCAGAGCUCCAGCGGCGGUACAAGGAGAAGCAGAGAGAGCUGGCGCGCCUGCAGCGUCGGCGGGACCAUGAGCGAGACGAGAGUUCCAGAAGCCCAGCAAGGCGGGGGCCUGGCCGGCCCAGGAAGCGCAAAUACUCCAGUCUGCUGCCCCCUCUGCGGCCUGGUGGCCAGCUCCCUAGGGGUGAAGAUGGCCAGCUUCCCAGGGGUGAAGGCAGGAAAGUCAAGGCGUUGCGGUCCAGCUUGAGCCUGCUGUGUGCAGAGCUGCAGGGUGGGGGUGAGCCCACCAGGAAGCGCAGCAAGCUGGAGAAGGGCCUGCGCAUGGGCCUGCCCACCUCUGCCUCGGAGAAAGUGAGGUACAAGAAGAGCAGCAGCCAGGAGCUGGCAUCCUCCUCGGCCAAUAAGGUGGCCCAACUAAAGCCCAAGGUCAAGAGCAAAGGGUUGCCCACCGGCCUCAGCCCUUUCCGAAGGAAAGAGACAGCCCCCAGUGGCCGCAUCCACAAGAAGCUGUCCCGAGCCAAGAGCGCCAAGGUGUCCACUGCAGCUCGACACCCACAGGCCCUGGCUGAGGCUGGCAGAGAGGUGCCCAAGUUCCCAGCCCAGCCAGCUAUGGCGGCAUGCGAGGCAGGCAAUGAAUAUGACAGUGAGGGCUUUGAGGGUUUCCUGGGGACAGAAGCUGCACCCAAGGAGCCUGGCCUGGUUCUGCACGGGGCUGCCAGUGUGGCCAUGCUGGGGCCCUCCCCGUCCUCCGUGGUUAAGAUGGAAGCCAACCAGAAGGCCAAGAAGAAGAAGGAGAGGCAGGGCCUGCUAGGCACCUGCCACCUGUCCAGCCCUGAGAGUGAGGUCAAGAUCAAGAGGAGGACUGCCAAGUCCAAGGUGGGCCCCCAGCUGGAGCGGGCUCCUGGGCGCAGACCACCGGGCAAGAAGAAGGCCAAGGGCGAUGCCACAGGCCAGCUGCGGGCAGAGAUAGGUUGCAAGCCUAGCAGGGAUGGCCUCUUCGGCCCUGCCCGGGCCUUCAGCUGCCAUGAGGAGAGCGCCAAGCUGGCCAGUGAGCGCCUCAAGAGAGCCACUCGCAAGAGCACCAUGCUCCAGCCUGGACUCCGGCAGCGCAAGAACGGAGCUCUGUCCAUUGCCCUCUCACCUCGCAACACCAAGGCCAUCUUGGGGAGCAGGAAGCUGGCCAAGGGCAAGGUGAUCAGCAAGCAGGCCCAGGGCCAUGCAGUCAGCCGCCUGCUGGAGAGCUUCACUGUGGAGGAUGACUUUGCCUUCGAUGACAACAGCAGCUUCUCAGAGGAGGACGAGGAUGAGGAGGCUGGGCCUCUGAGCGCAGAGCAGAGUGCAGCCCUGGCUCGCUCCUGCACCAUCCACAAGGAGGACCUGCAGGACGGACUGCCCGUGCUCAUCCCCAAGGAGGACAGUCUGCUAUAUGCUGGCAGCGUCCGGACCCUGCAGCCCCCUGACAUCUACAGCAUUGUCAUUGAGGGUGAGAGGGGCAACCGCCAGAGGAUCUACUCGCUGGAACAGCUACUACAGGAGGCGGUCCUUGAUGUGCGGCCACAGUCCAGUCGCUACCUCCCACCGGGCACGAGGGUCUGUGCCUAUUGGAGCCAGAAGUCCCGCUGCCUGUACCCCGGCAACGUAGUCAGGGGCACCUCCAGCGAUGAGGAGGAGGACCUGGACUCCGUGCUGGUGGAAUUCGAUGAUGGGGACACGGGCCACAUUGCCAUCUCCAACAUCAGGCUGCUGCCCCCGGAUUUCAAGAUCCAGUGCACAGAGCCCUCUCCUGCCCUACUGGUGUCCAGCAGCUGCCGCCAGACCAAGAAAGCUGCCUGUGAGGUCCCUGCACCUAGUGAUGCCCCCAAACCUGGCCUGUCCCCCAGGGAGCACGAGAGUCCUGAGGCUUCCAGGAUGCCUGGAAAAAAGCCCAGCAGCAAAGACAAAGCUGGCAAAGUGGAGCUACUAACCGGGGGUGCCAAGCCACCAGCAGGGGCCCCUGAGCACUUCCUGACCCGGCGUGCCAGCCCACUGCUCAGCUGGUCAGCCGUGGCGCAGAGCAAGCGGAAGGCAGGGGUAGCAACGGGCAAGGGCCCAGGCAUGCUGCAGAACCUCUUCCAGCUCAACGGCAGCACCAAGAAGCUGCGGGCACGUGAGGCUCUGUUCCCGGUGCACAGCGUGGCCACCCCCGUCUUCGGCACUGGCUUCCGCGCUGACUCGUUCAGCAGCCUGGCCGGCUCUUAUGUACCCUUUGUGGCUGGGGCCGCCCAGAGCCUGCCUGCCAGCACCGGGGGCCACAAGCUGCUACGGGCCAAAAGGGCCGAGCAGGCGGAGGCUGAGAAGUGCACCCGGCGGCGGGCAGGCAGUGAGUUCCUGGUCAAACUGGACCAUGAGGGCAUCACGUCCCCCAAGAAUAAGAACUGCAAAGCCCUGCUGCUGGGUGACAAGGACUUCGGGCCAAAGCUGGGAAGUGCCCUGGCUGGGCCCAACUAUACCCACCCAGCCCUUGUGGGCAAGGACAGGAAGAGCCGGCCACCCAUGCCGCCGCUGCCCGUGGGGCUGGGGUUGCGUAAGUUCUCAGGCCAAGCCGAGUUCCCGCUGCCCUGUGAUAGCGACUGCCACAGUUCCUACUCAGAUGAUGAGGAGGAGGGGCCCGGGCUGGCCCCUGGUGGCGUGCCAUCCCGCUUCCUGGCCCGCCUGUCGGUGUCCUCCUCUUCCUCCGGUUCCUCCACAUCCUCCUCCUCCGGCUCCCUGUCCACUUCCAGCCUCUGCUCCUCAGACGACGGUUCCUCCUACAGCUCCGAGGAUGAGGACCCGGCCCUGCUACUCCAGACCUGCCUCAGCCACCCCGUGCCCGCCCUCUUGGCUCAGCCUGAAGCCCUGCACCCCAAGGGCGGCAGCCCCCACUCACAUGCCCAGCGCUGCUUCCUGUCCCGGGCCUCUGUGGGUGGAGGGGGCCCCAGUCCCAGCCCCAGCAGUGGCAAAUCGAAGCUCAAACGCAAAGAGGACCUGAGCUUCUCCAAAGCCAAAGAGCUGUCUCGCAGGCAGCGGCUGCCCUCUGUGGAGAACCGGCCAAAGAUCUCCGCCUUCCUGCCCGCCCGGCAGCUCUGGAAGUGGUCAGGGAACCCCACACAGCGGCGUGGCAUGAAGGGCAAGGCCCGCAAGCUCUUCUACAAGGCCAUUGUGCGAGGCAAGGAGACACUGCGCAUCGGGGACUGCGCCGUGUUCCUGUCAGCUGGCCGGCCCCACCUUCCCUACAUCGGCCGCAUCGAGAGCAUGUGGGAGUCCUGGGGCAGCAACAUGGUGGUGAAGGUCAAGUGGUUCUACCACCCUGAGGAGACCAAGCUAGGGAAGCGGCAGAGUGAUGGGAAGAAUGCAUUGUACCAGUCGAGCCAUGAAGAUGAGAACGAUGUGCAGACCAUCUCCCACAAGUGCCAAGUGGUGGGGCGGGAGCAGUACGAGCAGAUGACCCGCAGUCGCAAGUAUGAGGACCGGCAGGAUCUCUACUACCUGGCGGGCACCUAUGACCCCACAACAGGCCGCCUGGUGACGGCCGAUGGAGUGCCCAUCCUGUGCUGAGCCCUCCUGGCACCUAUGCUGGGGCUGAGCAGGAACUGGAGGAUCUGGACAAAUGGCCAGCCUGCCCACCUCCCUCCCAGCGCCUGAGAAGAUAGGCACCCCGCAUAACCCCCCAGGCUGGCCCAGGCUUUGAAACGGUUCUUCCUGGGGCCAGAGAGCUGGGUGGCAGCCCCAGGCUGCAGGUUGGGCUCUGCUUUCCCCACCGGCAGUUCACCAGAGAUUUCAAAUCCAAGCCAUAUUUUCCCUAGUACCUCCAACUGGCUCCCACCAGGGAAAGCAGAAAUCAGGUGUGUUGUCUAUUUAUUUCUUUCUGUAAAUAGUGUAUUUCUGCAGGCAAGUUUUAUGGGGGGAAAAACAUGGAAAGGAGUUCUUUUGCUCACUUAUGUGAUGAGGGUAUGUGUAUGUGUGUGUGUGUGUGUGUGUGUGCAUGCGUGCAUGUGCACGCACACAUAAACAUGCAGAAAUUCCAUUCUGGGGCUUCUCUUUGAAGGUGCACUGUUUUCCUCAGCCUAGCUGAGUCCCAGUGGGGGUAUCUGUGAGGUCAGGCAGCUGGGCUGAGGACUGGGGGUGGGGGGGUCACACAGUUCAUGUCUUGGGUGUCUGUAAGGUGGAAGUCACACAGAAGCUUGAUUCCUUUGAGAGAGAGAGAGAGAAAGAGAGAGAGAGAGAAAUGUGUUAGGGGAGGACUGGCCUCGGGUCCCCAGGGGAGAAGGGCUUCCAGGAGCUCAGAUCAAAAUUGAUGUGCCCCCUCUCCAACUGAAGCUUGGCAGCCUGUCCUGUUUCAAACAAAACAAAGUGAACAAAUAUUUUAAAAUAUUGAUGGAGGAACUAGUGUGGUGGGAAUGCAAAAAGACUGAGGCUCUGAGGUCCAAGAUUCAAUCCCCAGCACCAACAUAAGUCAGAGCUGAACACAGCUCUGGGGGAGAAACGUAUAUUGAUGUGGAAAAGUGAUAUUUGGGUUUUAUUUCCUGAAUAGCCCAAGUUAUCUCUGAUUUCAGUUUCCUUGGCUAGACUGUCUUGCCUCAGCUUCAAGCAGUAAAGGGGCUGGGCCUCUGCUUCCAUGGCCUGUAGGCUGGUGCCUAGGGCCCCACUGAGGCCACACUAGUCCCCACCUACUCUGGAGGCCAUGCCCUUUGCCCAGGGCCCUGGACAGUGGCGAGUAGGGGCAGCCUUCCCAGAACUUACAUUACCCUAAGACCCCAGAAAUUCAACCCUGUCACUUCCCCCUCAACCAGGAAGGACAUGGAGUAGGCCAGGCUGGAGGCUCAGCCUGGCCCCUGAAAUGCAGUGAAAACUAGUUCCUCCCCAGCACCCCCAGAAAGCCCCCCUGCCCAG